GUAAAUAAACAAGUCAUCCAUUUCAAGAAAUGGUUUCCCUGGUUAAUCCCAGCAUUCGUGAUUGCAAACGUCGUCGUCUUUAUCGUCACCAUGUACAUCAAUGACUGUCAUAAGCGUUGUCUUGGUCGGUUCCUUGGGAGGUUUUCUUUUCAAAACUUUGAGGACAACCCUCUUCUUGGUCCUUCAUCUGUAACGCUACAGAAGAUGGGGGCUUUGGAUAAGAGAAAAGUGGUUGACGAUCACCAAGGAUGGAGACUCAUCACUUCAAUGUGGUUACAUGGAGGGGUGUUCCAUUUGUUGGUCAAUAUGGUGGGUCUUUUGGUUAUUGGGAUCCGACUUGAGCUGGAAUUUGGGUUUGUACGAAUAGGCAUGUUGUACUUGAUCUCUGGAUUCGGUGGGGCGAUUCUAUCAUCUCUUUUCCUUCAAAUAAGCAUCUCUGUUGGUGCUUCUGGUGCAGUUUUUGGGUUACUUGGAGCAAUGCUUUCUGAGCUCAUCAUUAAUUGGACAAUAUAUGAUAAUGAGCUUGCAUGGUUCAUCACUUUUGUGGGAAUCAUCAUCGUCAAUUUGGCAUUGGGGGUACUCCCACAUGUAGACAACUUUGAUCAUAUUGGAGGAUUCAUUACUGGGUUUCUUCUUGGGUUUGUGUUCUUGAUCCGGCCACAGUUCAAAUGGAUUACACAAAGACAUGCUCCUGCUGAAUAUUCUUCUGCCCAUGCUAGACCAAAGUAUAAGACGUAUCAGUGUAUAUUAUGGGUUGUUUCUCUAAUCCUUUUAGUAGUUGGUAUUGUCAUUGGCAUGGUUUCUCUUCUCCGGGGAUUUGAUGCAAACAAGUAUUGCUAUUGGUGCCAUUAUUUAACUUGUGUUCCUACGCCAAGCUGGAAGUGCGGCAAUCUGCAUAUCUUCUGCAGCUUCAAUCAGAAUCAUGAUCAACUGAAUAUAACAUGCUCGUCCAAUGGGAAAUCCGCCAUCUAUUUAUUACCUGAUGCAACAAUCCUUCAGCUCGAUAGAUUGUGUAGUGUUGUUUGCGAUUGA